AUGCUGUUUGCCGUCGCCCCUCUGCUGCUCCACGUCAUGGCCGCCACUGGCAAGCCUGUUCGGCCCCAGCUGAGCGCUAGCCUCGCGCUCAUCCAAACCCAGGCGCAGCGGGCAAAGGCCAUGGCCCUCGCCGCUAACGAGAUGGCGCUCACCGCUGACGAGACGGCAGCCACGGCUGUCAAGACCAUCAACGCGGCAGAACAACAGCUCAAAUAUCUCGCAGGUACAUGCGUUGUGUGCAUCGGAAGCAAUGCACAGCUUGGAUGCACGGGUUUACAUAACCGAUGUCUUUCUUGCGACAGGCCAAUGGCCCACCAGCAUGGAACCGCCGACUGACAAAGGCCGGCAGAACGCAUGCGCAUGGAUCCGUACAUGAGAGUUCCUUUCUCUCUUUAUUGGUUCAGAUGAGAUGUCUCGAAUUCUGAAGUUCCACUCAAAGCAGGAAUACAAAUGAACGGACUGGUUUCACAUUCUGGGGCUCAACGUUCAAUACCCAGACAUAAGCACUGAUGACGUCGCAAGGGCUUACACGAAGCUGAGCCAACUAGUAAGCGUCCACAGCCGAUCAGAAAACACAUAAACAUUUGUACUCUCCGGUGCGUCCACAUACAGAUACAGCCGGCGAGAAACCACCCUAAGCUACAGGAGAGAUUCACAGCCGCCCAAAAGCUGGUACCACAAACCUCUACACACAGACAGACAGACAGACAGACAGGGGGAAUUGGGCCUUCACUCUAUGACAUGCAUGUGAUGCAGCUGGAUAUGGCAAAACAGCAUUUGUUGGUCGAGUGCACAAAGGAUCACCAGUGCGGGAAAGUCGGUUCGUGGGGACAAGCCUUCAAGUGCUUCGCGAAGAGAGACUUCACCGGUAUGUGCAAGGUUAGAGACUUGAUAUGCAGAUGCGGAUCUGAAACCGUCAUCUUUCUUUGGUGGCUCUCUUGCGCAUGUCGCGAAUGAAGAUCGCAGGGGAGGAGCACGACCAAUGUGAAGACGAAAAGCAAACGCACAGGCUGGCGCACAAGUGCAACCGCUCGCUGCCGGACAUCGAGCUCAAAUGCGAAGCAACCCAAUUCGGCAAGGUUUGCGUGAAGCAGGGCUGUUACAGCGACGAGGACUGCCAGAACAAUGAGAAUGAGCCCCUGUGCUUCAAGCCAGUCCUCUUUGAGUCCAAAAGAUUUGGAAAAGCCGGCGCAUGCCGCGUAAGAAAUGCUGAUCCAAGUUUGGCUUGCCUAUCUUUGGCAUUCACGAAUGAAUUUCGUGUGUGCUGGUACAUUUUCCUCGCUCAGAGCGUCGGAGUUGUGUCUGACCAGUGCAAACCAGAUGGUACGCAUCCCUGUGAUGCCGGCCUUCAGUGCACACCGGUGUGGUUCGAUAAGUCGAAGCACGCCUGCGUGCUUUCCCAGUGUUCGGACGACAACGACUGCUUGGGCAACAAGUACGGCCACCUGUGCUUCAAGCAGCUCGGGGGAAAUGGACGAGAAUGCAGGGUCAGGAACACAGAGAGGGUAGCUAGCCAGACGAAAAAUCCCUGGAUGGACCUUUCCUGCGUGUGCGUCCAUGUGUGCAGGACAAGGGCGACAUCCAGGUCCGUUGUGA